CCUCUAAACCCCACAAGCUUCUUCUUUCUUCUUCUCCAUCUUUCUCUUCUUCAAGCCUCUAUAUACAUCAUAGUAGCCAUCAUCAUCAUCAUUAUCUUCAAUUCAUCAUCAUCAUGCAAGUGACAAAAAUAAGAAAACUGUGUAUGCUUACAGUGGUGAUGAUACAAAUAGUGAGCUGGGUUUGUGCAACAAGUAGGCCCAUUGCUUUCAACCACGUUUCUUUGUAUCCAGAGAUCAGAAGCCCACAUGGUGCAUAUCACAGCUCUAAUAUGCCAUCUUUGAAGCCCAAUGUGAGAAAAAAUAUAGAAGAGGUGGAGAAAGGAAGAAGAAUAGGAUCAAAGCCACCAACUUGUGAGAAGAAAUGCUAUGGGUGUGAGCCAUGUGAAGCAAUCCAAGUCCCUACCAUAUCUUCAAGCCCACACCUCUCUCCUCAUUAUGCUAAUUACAAACCUGAGGGUUGGAGAUGCCAUUGUGCCCCUUAA